CCCAAAAAAACACGAGGUGUCGACAAAAUUGGGGAAAGCGGAGCAUCAGGGGUUCCACCACUCCGCGAUGGCUCCUCCGAAGAAAUCGAAGAAGCCGAAGCGAAAAUCCAAGGAUUCUGCUGCAUCUGGAAGCAGAAGCACCGCACAGAUCGGCCCCGCGGAAGCCAAAAACUUGGAGACCGAGUGGUGGUACAGCUUCUUGCAGAAGCAGAGCGAUUCCGGAGUAACUAUUCCUCCUGACGAGGGUGAAGCAUUCAAACAUUUCUUCAGGAUAUCAAAGAAAACCUUCGAGUACAUCUGCUCUCUUGUGAGGGAGGAUUUGGUGUCAAGGCCUCCUUCCGGCCUCAUAAACAUCGAAGGGAGGCUUCUUAGUGUCGAGAAGCAAGUCGCCAUUGCCUUGCGAAGGCUUGCAUCCGGCGACUCCCAAGUGUCUGUGGGCGCUGCUUUCAAUGUUGGCCAAUCCACGGUUUCCCAGGUGACAUGGAGGUUCAUCGAGUCGAUGGAAGCUCGCGGCAAGCACCAUUUAAACUGGCCCAACCAAGCCCGAAUAGAGGAAAUCAAAACCCAUUUCGAAAUGGCUUUCGGCUUGCCCAACUGUUGUGGGGCCAUUGGCGCAACCCAUAUUAUAAUGACUUUACCUGCAAUAGAAACAUCUGAUGAUUGGUGCGACAAGGAGAGAAACUAUAGUAUGUUUUUACAAGGGGUCGUCGACCAUGAGAUGAGGUUUCUUGAUAUUGUAACUGGUUGGCCAGGAAGCAUGAGCAUCUCCCGCCUUUUGAAGCACUCAUACUUCUUCAGGCUUUGCGAGAGCGGUAAGCGCUUGAACGGGCCCGCGAAGAAGCUUGUAGAGAACGAGGAGAUUAGGGAAUACAUAGUAGGGGAUGCGGCCUACCCUCUUUUUUCAUGGCUUAUGGUUCCUUAUGAAGGUAAAAGCCUAUGUGCCUCGAUGAACACAUUCAAUGCCGGGCAUACAGCAGCGAGAUCACUCGCGUCAAGAGCGUUGUCGCGGUUAAAGGGCACGUGGAGGAUACUGAACAAGGUCAUGUGGCGGCCGGAUAAGCACAAACUGCCCAGCACUAUCCUUGUUUGCUGCUUGCUUCACAACAUUGUUAUCGACUGUGGAGAUGAAUUGGAUGCUGACGUCGCCCUACCGGAACAUCAUGACGUCGGAUAUGAGGAGCAGAGUAUGCAGCAAGAGGGUUCCUUGGGGCAGGCGAUGAGAGAGAUCUUAACAAAAUAUUUGCGGCCCAUUUGAAGCUCCUUGUUAGAAAUGAAUAUGCUUUUAUUUCUUUUGCAAAUGUUUUGCGCAAUGCUGUCGCUUAUCUUGCAAGUUUGAACUUGUUGGUUCUCGGCAAGAUGCUCAUCUGAUGCUAAAUGUUGAUUCAAUGAUAAUCAUUCUCUUCCCUACCUAUUAUUCUCAAUACUUACUACUUAUUUCCCAACCUUACAAUUGUUACAAUCUGGUCCUAAACAUUCAUGUUGUUGCGACUUCACCAUAUCGCUUAAAUUUUUACAUUGAAGUAUACAUAAUCAUCAUAUCAUUUGAUAAUUAUGUAACUGGAAUUCGACAGGAAAGGUAAGAUUGCAACAAAAAGUAAAGAUUGCGGACCGAACUGUAACAAUUGUAAUAAUAUUCAUUGAUCAUGCACAUACAUCCCUGAGAACUCAGAAUGAAAGACAUGCAAUAGCACACACAUAUUCACAUACAUGAACUGAAAACAGAAUACGGUGAGAGGCAGAGGCUGCGAGGAAGAGGAUGGCAAUUAGAGAACACGCCGAUUUGUUGCAGGAAAUUCCGUUCGACGGUUGGCUCGUAGUCGAAGGUGUGAUCUUGGAUUCAACCCCUGCAUCAGAAAUAAAAGAGUUGGUCGGGGUCGACGGUGUUGCUGGUGCCUACGGUGUCGGGCUGGUCGCGACGCCUGGUUUGGCAGGGUUAGCGGUAGCUGCCGGAGACUCCGCUCGUGCACCUGCUGCAGCUGCGGUAGUGGUGUUUGAACCUCACAGGCACCCGGAAGCUCGAGGGCGCGGGUUUCGCAAAUGAUCAUGCCAGGGGAUGAAGCGGGUGGCUGAGACCGAACACUGCCCGCAAGCAUGGAGCAGCACGAGGAGGAGGGCGCCGACGUGUUGCCCGUGAGGAAGUCGAGGCAGGGGGCGAGGCCCACGAUCACAGCCGCACAGUUGGAUUGGGCCGAGGCACAGUUCGCGAGCAGUAGUCCCACUGUAGCCAAGGCUACAGUGAGCAUCGGAACGCUUGGAACCAUUCUUUCUGAUUGGAUUGGAUUGGAUUGGAUUGGAUUUCGAAGGGGUUAUAAAUAAUUUUGAUAGACGAAAAAAGGAAAGAAAAGUUGAAAUUGGGUUAGUUUUGGUGACCAACUUUUCCUACUAGAACUGUUGUGGGAUGUUGAAAGAUCCAUUUUUGUGUAUAAUAAAACUAUUAAUUAUAAGAGAUUUGAGUAGGUGGUAGUACGAUUAGUUAAGGGUAGUUAUUUUAUGUUUCCAAUAACUUUUCCGGGUGACAAAAAUUUCAAACUCCGAAAUUAAUGGAAUAAAUUAUGCUAGGAUUCUCAAAUUA